AUGCGUGGCAUUCAAGUCUCCAAAUACGUCAAGGGGCCUCGAGAGCUCGAAAUUUCGGAUCUCGCUGAACCAAAGCCCAAUUCUGACCAAUAUGUAAUCGAAAUCCAUGCCGCAGCCACGAACUUCUUCGACAUCCUGCAAAUUCAGGGUAAAUAUCAGCAUCAACCACCCUUCCCCUGGGUAGCUGGAGCCGAAUUCGCCGGUGUGGUCAUGGCCACGCCCUCCUCCUCCAAAUCUCCCAAGUUUCCCGUGGGCUCCCGCGUCUUCGGCGCAUCUCAAGGCUCGUACGCCACCAAGGUCGUCGCGAAGGAAGAACAACUUCUUCCCGUGCCCCGAGGCUGGUCUUUCCGCGACGCAGCCGGCCUGUUCGUGACCGCUCCUACCUCCUACGCUGCCUUGGUCCUACGCGCGGAUGUUAAGGCCGGAGACUACGUCCUUGUCCACGCUGCGGCUGGCGGUGUCGGGCUAGCUGCUGUGCAGAUCGCAAAGGCAUUUGGUGCUACUGUCAUUGCAACCGCUGGCACGGAGCGUAAGCGCCAGGUGGCUCAGCGCUAUGGGGCCGAUCAUGUCGUGGAUUACCGGGACGACAAGUGGCCGGAGAUUGUGAAGAAGCUAACCAAGGGCAGGGGUGUCGACAUUGUCUAUGACCCCGUGGGCCUGGUGGAUAAAAGUACUAAGUGCAUUGCGUGGAAUGGAAAGAUCCUUGUCGUUGGCUUCGCCGCAGGAACUAUUGAGAAGGUGGCCAUGAACAAAGUGUUAUUGAAGAAUAUUAGCCUUGUUGGCAUUCACUGGGGCCAGUACGCCAACCAUGAGAAGGAGACCGUGCCCAUUGUUUGGGAGGGCAUCAUGAGGUUGAUUGAUGAGGGCAAAUUCAAGGGGACGGUUUUCUCGGAUAAGAGUUUUGUGGGACUUGAGGCAGUUCCUGAUGCAUUGAUCGCUUUGGGAGGUAGGGAGACUUGGGGCAAGGUCGUCGUCGACAUACCACAAGGCAAGGAAAAUAAGCUAUGA